AAUAGUCUUUUGAAUUGAACUUCCGUAUCCGGCCUUUUUGCCAUAGGGUUCUCAAUAAUGACCACCAAAAAUAAGAAGACGAGAAAGCUAAGAGGUCAUGUCAGCCAUGGACAUGGUCGAAUUGGCAAGCACCGAAAGCAUCCUGGUGGUCGUGGAAAUGCUGGAGGUCAGCAUCAUCACAGAAUCAACUUUGACAAAUACCAUCCAGGUUACUUUGGAAAAGUUGGUAUGAGAUAUUUCCACAAGACGCAAAACAAAUUCUUCUGCCCGACAGUGAACAUUGACAAGCUGUGGUCUCUAGUGUCGGAACAGACCCGCGAUAAAUACAAGACAAACAAAGAGCUGGCUCCCGUCAUCGACGUUGUCAAAGCUGGUUACUACAAGGUGUUGGGAAAAGGCCACCUGCCUAAACAGCCCGUUAUUGUAAAGGCAAAAUUCUUUAGCAGAUCAGCAGAACUGAAGAUUAAAGGUGUUGGUGGAGCUUGUGUGCUGGUGGCAUAGACAGUGUAUUUUCAGAGAAAUAAAAAAAUAAAUGAAAAAAACUUUUAA